AUGAACAAAAGAACAUAGAAAGCCUCUAAAAGCUUCAUUAAAACUCUAAAAUCUAUUCUUGAAGUAUCAUCGCCCAUAAUUUAUUCUUUAGAAUGAUGAGUAUUCCUCCAUUAUCUAAUGCACUCCUGAAAACGACGGCUUCAUUAUCUUGGAUUAAAAGUCUUUAGAAAAUAUUAUAUUGCCUCAGCAUUAUAAAAUUAAGAGUUUCGAUAGCUUCCGAAGGUAUUCAUGAUUAUUCCAUUAGAUCUCUAAACAUAUAUGGAUUCCAAGUCAAAAAGAGCAAGGAUGGCAGGAAGCUCUAUUACAAUAAGAAUAACAAUUUUAGUAAUGAAACUACCAUCAAAAGAGCUCCUUACAAGUAAAUCCAAGAAAGUCUUGACCUCUUGGAUUAGACAAACUUGUAGCUCUAUUUUUAACUCAUGGAACUAAAAUAGUAAUAGGAGUCUUUAUUUUAAUAAACUUAAAAGGUAAUCUAAUUACAACAAUUAAUUUCGAAUUAAAUGAAAAAUUUGCUCAUAGUAUUAGUAUUAAUUUAAUACCAAGCGCUAUUCAAAAGGAGCAAUAUAUGAAAUGGCUCUUGUUUAGAAAUUCCCUAAAUUUUUUAUAAUGUUCUUUCAAUCCCUAUAGAACCAAACAUAUAGUAUUUUAAAUCUUUAUAAAAUUAGAAAAACACAUAAAAAAAUCAAUUUAAUUGGUCACUAAAUAAUUUCACACAGCUCAGAAUCCUGAGAUCAAAUUACCAAACACUAAUAAUAUUUUUUAAUUACUAAGUAAACACUUGCAAUAGUUUAAAUUCAAUUUAUCAUUCAACAUCUAGCUACUCUUGAAUAAUUUAGAUCAACCAGAAGAAAUUGAGCAAUCGAUAAAUGAAUAUGAAAGCAAUUUUAGUAACUAUUUUUGCUUAAACCAAAAACAAGAUCACUCUUAGAUUUGA